GCUAAUUGUUGUUAGUGAGGCCAUUUGUCCCUUGUUAGUUUCCUUGUAACAUUUGAAUACCUCUCAACUGUCACUUUUGCCGCCUCCCUGUCCAAUUCUCAUAUGUGUAAACUAUUCUACUCACCAUUUCCUCCGGCCAUAGACUAGCUUAUUAGUGAAAUCCCAUUAUUUGUUAAUUGUUUUAACAGCAAAUCAUCAUAAGUGAAGUCUCACGAGGCAUUUAACACUUCUCUUUGAUUGCAUAUUCCGUCUACCAAUAUUUUAUCUCCGGGAUGGAUCCGGCCAGGGCUGGUACCAGCGCCGACGUCCCACUGCUAUCGCAACAAAACUCUCCGACGAGGGAGAACAACCGAUGGAUGAUUUGGAGGGCGGUGUUCAACGUGUCAACAACUAUUAUUGGUGCUGGAAUUAUGUCAAUUCCAGCAACUCUGAAGGUCUUAGGUGUUAUUCCUGCAUUCUUGUUGAUUGUUCUGGUUGCUAUAUUAGUAGACAUAACGGUAAAUUUCAUGUUGAGAUCCACGUAUGCUGGUCAGUCGACGACAUAUGCCGGAUUGAUGAAAGAGAAUUUUGGAAAGAUAGGUUCUUUGGCAGUACAAAUUUGUGUAAUGAUCACCACUCUUGGUUGCUUGAUCAUGUACCUUAUUAUUAUUGGAGACGUCUUUUCUGGAAAAGGAGAACAUCUUGGUAUUCUUCAAGAAUGGUUUGGGAUUCACUGGUGGAAUUCUCGCUAUCUAUCGAUCCUAUACACUGUCUUGUUUGUUGUGCUUCCUCUAGUCCUAUACCGUCGUGUAGAAUCAUUAUGGUUUAGUUCAGCAGUAGCGAUUUUCCUAGCAAUUGUAUUUGUGGGUAUAUGUACUGUAAUGGCAGUCAUUGCAAUCGCAAAAGGGAAAAUAGUAAGGCCAAGAAUGCUACCGGAGUUGAAUAGUACUAGUUCCUUCUUUAAUCUUUUCACCGCCAUCCCAGUCAUUGUAACAGCUUUUGCAUUUCACUUCAAUGUUCAUCCUAUUGGAAUUGAGCUGGGGAAACCUGGAGCUAUGACCACUGCUGUCAAAAUUUCACUAGUAAUUUGUGCAGCCAUAUAUUUUUCAAUUGGUAUUUUUGGAUACCUUUUAUUUGGAGAUUCAAUAAAUGUAGAUAUACUUGUAAAUUUUGGUAAGUCCUCUGGCAGUGUUGCAAUCAGUCCUAUUCUAAAUGAUGUGGUUCGCUUGAGCUAUGCGCUUCACCUAAUGCUGGUGUUUCCUCUAUUAAACUUCUCCCUGAGGGCAAAUAUCGAUGAACUUAUAUUCCCUAAGAAAGAGCAUUUGGCAACUGACACGAAACGAUUCAUGUACAUUACGUUGAUCUUGUUAGCCUUGUCAUAUGUAGUAGCCAUUGCUAUACCAUCGAUAUGGUACAUUUACCAGUUCAUGGGAUCAACUUCAAAUGCUUGCCUUGCCUUCAUAUUCCCAGGUGCAAUUGCUCUAAGAGAUGUCCAUGGUUUAUCUUCAAGGAAAGACAAGAUAAUCGCAGUGGUCAUGAUUGUUGUAGCUGUUGUGACGAGCAUUAUUGCUAUUGCUGCCAACAUCUACUAUCUGAUUGGAAAUAGUUCAUAAAUGUUUUAUCUUCUCGAUUUGACUUUUUAUAUUAUAUUAAUUGUCACUAUUGUAAAUUUUCUGCUGUGUAUUAUUGUGCAAUAUUAGCUAGUUUCCAUUGUUGUGAAUACAAAAAGUAGCCAAAUUCUAAGAUUUUUGAUA